ACUCAAAUAUUUUUAAAUAGCGAAGCUAAAAUUGCAUAGUUGUGAAAAAAUACAUCAGGUUUUUGGCUCCAUCUUUUGGUAGAGGAAUUGGCGAUGAAAUCAUUAUCCCCUUUCCUUUGUCCGCCCCGAUAUGCUCGUGGCUCGUGUAAUGCGUCAAAAUAUGCAAAUGUGGUGAUACGCACAAAUAAUUCCCAGUAUUCUUAAGUACAUACAUAUGUAUAUAAGUGCAUAUGUAGGUAAAUAGUCUUCAUUAUACGAAAUUUUAUAGAAAUUAAAAAUUCGGAGUAACUACGAUACUGCAUUUUCUCUAGGAUGACGGGAGACUUUGAGACUGAAUGUGGGGAAGUUUCUCUGAAUUCUAAAUUUCUGUAAAAGUUCAACUAAAUAUAUGUGAAUGGAAAUUAUAUACACAUUAACGCUAAGAUUAUGAUAAUAUCAAGUAUGGCGCAAGAUUUAGCCAAGGCUCUCGAUUUCAAUUUGUCAUACUCUUUGUCUCAAGCAUAUAAACAUAAUUGUUUGCAUGGCUUUUACCUAUUUUUAUCAAUUUCGUCCCCUGCAGUAAUCUCAUAAUCGCAUCCUAAUUAUUUUGCAUAACCAAAUUUACGGUGUUCACCAAGCUGCCAAUAAGCUUCGUAAAUCUUAUUUUUAAAACUAAUGUCCAAGAUGCAAAACAUCUGCAUAAAAAUAAGGCUAUACCUAUCUACAAUACAAAUACAAUUCUUGGAGUGAUGAGAUAAGACUACUUAUUUUACGUACAUAAAUAAUACAAACGUCUCCAUAGUGAGAUAUGACAAAUAUAAAAUAAACGUUGUCACUAAAUAUGAAAGCAAGAGACUGGCUUAAUCCUAAGGCAUACUUGCAUUAAAAAAGGUCUUCAUGCGAAGGAUAUGCUUACAUAUUUACAUAUGUACAUUAUGUAUAUAUAUCCAAGUCUGUGAUGCGUAUAUAUAACAUGCUGUUAUUUUUAUCUUAAACUUCAAUAUAAAACUAAUACUUUGUAUGUACACAUAGUUUGCUUAAGUUAACAUUACACCUUUAACGGUCAACUACUUCAUCCUUACUUAAAUAUUUAGCAAAACGUUGCCAAAUAUAAAUUGGACAUCAUUUUAGACAGUCUGUCUUCUUGGUUCAGAUCGUUUAACAUUUUGUGUAAACUACAAAAAAUAAAUCUAUUCGAUUGAUAUUCGAAUCACAAUUACAUUUUAAGCAAAAGUGAAAUAUGGAUGAGAAAUCCAGCAAAUCGGAGGGCGAGACAAAUGGUGAUUCUUCCGUUGAAGGAUUGCCACGACGAAAGUGGGAGUGGACCGGAAGUCAUGACCAUCGAUUAUUGAAUCUGCUCGAGACGGGGUAUAAAAGUGACUUGAUUCUGGACCUUCGUCCAGAAGGAUUACGGCUUCCCGUACAUAAAAUAUUUCUGGAGGCCGGCUCUCCUGUGCUGGAUGGCAAGAUCAAGCCGGAAACGGAGGAAAUAAAGAUUGAAAAUGUGGAUACUCGAGUUUUCAAGAUGCUGCUUAAGUACUUGUACACUGGGAAGUCGGGCUUCGGGAUGGGCGACGCGCUCCAACUAAUGCAACUUUCGACCGAGUACGAAGUCAACGGUUUGAGGGACGAGUGCGCCGAGAUAUUAAAGGGCGACUUGACCUUGGAAAAUGUCCUUUCAUUGUUUCAAAGUGGGAUGGAAUACGCGCACGGGGACUUUAUUCAGUCCACGCUCAAAUUCAUUUGCAAGAAUGCGAGAAAACUCUUGAAAUCUGAAGAGAUUGGCAAACUACGACUGGAAUGUUUGGUUGAAAUUAUUCAGCAGGAUUCGCUCAAGGUGAUCAAUGAGAUGGAAGUCUUUGAAGCAGUGAAUCGAUGGGGCACAGCUGAAUGUGUGAGACAAAACCUGGAUCCUCAAAAUACUGAAAAUCUUCGAAAGUGUCUCGCAAAACCGUUGCGUCAUAUCCGUUUUUCGUUAAUGGAUCCGGCCGAAUUUGCUCUGAACGUGACGACCAAGAAACUGCUCAGCAUGGAAGAAUCGGUGGAGCUGUUGAACUGUUUUCUUAUCCCGCCUGUGAGGAGAAAUAUGCUCCCACCUGGAACAUUUAUGUCCACUCCGCGCACCUACAUUGACAAGGACAUCGUUCUCACACGGACCCUUCCCGAGGGUACAAGAGUAAUUCAAACCAUUGCCAUUGAUGGAAAUCCAAAUGGAAGAGAAACGAUAGCGAUUCUCGUAAAGGAGGAUGUCACACUGAAAUCAAUUUCAAUUCCGAAAGAAUUUUUUGACGUAAAUCCUGCUAACCUUUAUUACUACGAUUUGAUUAAGUGUAACCUACAAUUCGCGAAUGACCGGGCUAGUGCCAAUCAACUUGUUACCCAAUUCGACACUUAUGAGAGGGGUGACGUCUACUUACGCAUCUCCCUAAAUCCGCCUUGCGAAAUUAAUGUAGCUAACGGCUGGCUCAGAGUGACGAUAACCUUUUCCGGUGAUGUAGGAUACCAUGGUCUUUCCGAAACCGUGGCCAAUAAGCAAAAUAUGAAUGUACAAGACCUGUUUCCUGCUAACGGGCACACCAGGGUGAUUACAAAUUAUACAGACUUGUUCAAGGACCCUGCCGUGGGAAAAAAUACAGCUGGAAUCGUUAUUAAACGAUGUAAAGGAGAUCAGCUCGGAGUUAAUCAUGGGUUUAUUGAGAAGCUGGAAUUUGAAGUGGUUUAAUAUUUGAGGGUUCUAUUUAUUACUUUUUUGAUAAUGUUGGUGGUUUCAAAUUUUGCAUUUCUAAAUUUCAGCCCUACACCUAAAAUAUCGUUACAUAUACUUUAUUUAAUUGUCAUGUAUCUAACUUCUGAUCCGUUUUUGUUGUCGACUAAUAAACCAGUACAGAAUGAGUAUAAUAUACUCAUUUACCGCUUUAUCUACAUAUUAUGUAGGUAAAGCGCUAAAUGUAAUUACUUGUUCUAGUAACUCCAUUUGCAUACCAAA